AUGUACUGGAAAGAUGCAAAGAGACCCGAUUCCUUAGCCGUCCUUGCGGAUAAACUGGCAGACUUUGGAAGUGUCGCCCCAGAAAAAGAACCAUACCUUCUUCAUUGUAAAGUGUAUCGUGACAAUCGAUCCAUUAGUUCCACUCAAUUGCAACAGCAAUUAAGAUUCAUGUACACAAUUGGCACGCGACAUGGGCAACAGCUGUUUUAUACGCUGGUUGACGAUGUCGUGGUGGAGUCGGAACGUGAGACCGAGUUGAUUAUGGAAAAAUUGAAGAAUUUAUGGGGUUUAAGACAAAAUGCGACUAUUGAGAGUCAUACUUUUCCGGUUGGAGAUUUUGUAGUUCGUCUUGGAAAGUUGAAUGUCAAUUCCGAUUACAAAGGAAUUAUGAUUGAGAUUGAAUAUCGCCCAUUAUCACAUCCAUAUACCGCGGCUCCGAUUCUUCAAGAAUUCAAAGACAUGCUAUUACCCGCCGAUGCGCAGAUAGCACAAUGGAUUUCUGGGGCCACGUCAGAUGACACUUUUGCCAAAGUCGGACUGUCCGAAGAAGUGUACACCACUUCACAUACAAUGUAUCAGUAUAUGCAACUAUUAAAAAUUGAGAAUUUUUGA